GCUCGAAACAAGUCAGAUCUAGAAUUUUCAGAUGAAGCGCGCAAUGCUUAUGAUGAUAUUUAUAAUGCAUUGGAGACUUUAAAUAAGACAGAUUUAACAAAAUUUGAUGACAGCGACCCAUUAACUAUAGAUGUUAUUGAUAUCUCUUCUGA